CUUCGACUGUUGGUAUACAUUUGGCAGGCAACACGUCUCACGUACACAAGCAGAGAAAGCGUGUGAGAGAGAGAGAGAGAGAGGGAGGCAGAGCAGAAAGAGAGUAUGGAACAGCAUUGACAGUUGUGUGACUUUCGUUUUCUGCGACGUGUCGACUCGCCAGAUAAAUAAACGCCGCCGGAUCCGCGGAUCGAUCGCAGACAGCUGCCUCACUCGAGAUGGGAGUGAUAUUUCUCGAGCACAUCGGUGGCAGCCGUCUGUUCUCCUGCGCCUCCUGCGACACCAAUCUCACCAACAGGUCACAGCUCGUGAGCACACGCUUCACGGGUGCCACUGGACGCGCUUUUCUCUUCAACAAAGUCGUCAAUCUGAAUUAUAGCGAGGUGCAAGACAGAGUGAUGCUGACGGGUCGCCACAUGGUACGAGACGUCAGCUGCAAGAACUGUGAUGCUAAGCUGGGGUGGGUGUAUGAGUUUGCGACGGACGAGCAACAGCGGUACAAGGAGGGCCGCGUUAUCCUGGAACGGGCUCUCGUCACGGAGAGCGACGGACUGACGGAGCACAAUGUUCAACAAUAAUAUUUAAUAUUUAAUACCAAGUAGCGUUUAAUAUGUUAAGAGAAUAUCUGACAUAGGAUCUUGUAAGUUAUUCAUUUCCGAUCUUGUCAGUUACGAGAGACACUCGGUUAGUGCCCGAUUUUUUUAUUGAGCAAGUAUUGACGACGCUAAUUCACACGUGAUUAGCGACAACGUUCAACAUUUUUCGUGAAUACCGUGCGGUUCCUACUUUGUUAAAUUUUGUAAAAAGAAAUGUCUCGGAUUCCACCCACGUUUACAUCGUCCACUCCUGCUUCAGCCUGCAUCUCGCUUCAGGGCUUAUUCACGACGAGUGUUGAAGUUACAUUAAGUAACACAUCAUUGGUAUUUUCUUUGUAGAUGGGAGCAUUAAUAAAUUGACCUCGGUGGCAAAUGUGUUUGUUAAGAAAAUUAAGAAAACGCCAAGUAUACGCGAAUUCGGAAGCGUGUAUCGACGAGUGCAAUAUAGAUGUGAAGCUCGGACAGUA